AUGUCGCCCCUUCCCAUUAUUGCCAGCCAUCCUAUUAUAGGACUGACUGCUGCCAUUCCCAUCAUGGCCGCCGCCAUUCACCACACAGCAGCCGGCCACUACAAUAUACGUGCUGACGCACACCCUGCCCCAUUGCGGCCACCAAUCCCAUUAGGGGAGCGCCAGCCGCCAUCCCCAAUAUGGCCGCUAUUCAGGCUGCCAUCCAACGAUGCCCCACAGUGCUACUAUUAUGUGUGCCGACAUCGUCAUAGACAUGCCGGCGCACACCACAAUGUCCCCUCUAAUGGCCAACCAAGGCCUCAACUUAACCUCCCAACCUCCCACUAUGACCGCUGA